CAAGCAGUCAGGAGCAACUUAGCACUGCUGGGACCAUACAGUGUAAACACAAGAUUCCAUCUUCUAUCAUCAUGUCGUCUAGCGAUGGACCGCUACCAGUGGAGAAGCGAGAGAGUGAAGAAGAGGUGGUGUUUGUGAGUGAGCAGCCAAUAAGACCUAUUUUGGACUACAUUGAUCUGUCAAGUGACGAAGACACUGAGGGGAGCGACAAACAACUGAGUCAGCCCAAGCAGAAGACAAAAGAUCACAUUGAUUGGCAAAAAAGAAGGGUGAUAUCGACAUUGGAUCGACUGGCCCGACACGUGGAGGUAGAGAAGCAGCUGAAGGAAGAGAAGUGCAAAGCUUUUCAGGAGAAGAUGGAUUCUCAGCACGCCCAUGGCCUACAGGAGCUGGAAUUUAUUCAGGGACAAACAGCAGCAGUGGAGGAAGCGAGAAGAUGCGUGGACUGGUGGUUGAAAGUGCCAGGACUGAAGCCUGGUUGUUUUAACCUUGAUCGCAGGGCUGUGAAGAGACAUCCGGUGAAGCCAUUGACUGUAGAUCCCAUUGACUGCCCGGUAAUGAACUGCAAUCGGCAGUUUGACCACAAACAACUGCUGCUGGGUCAUUUGAAAAGGUUUGAUCAUUCUCCCUGCGAUCCCACCAUCACCCUCCAUGGGUGCCCGUCUGUCUCAUACAUUUGCGUGGUGUGUUACCAGCGCUUCUUAAACGUGAAGCAGUAUGAAGAUCAUGUGUCUUCAAAGGCCAGUUCUCAGGAUACUGAGGGGCAUCAGCCAGAUUUGCAGCCUCAGAUUGUGCAGUGCUACGCCUGUCCCACCUGUUAUCUGUUCUUUAACCUGAGGGACCAAUGUCUACAGCAUAUGGCUAAAAGGAGCCAUUUUGUUUCAACCCACGCCCUGCCAGAGGAGCCGGCAACGCGGUGUCCACUUCCGAUACCUGGCUACGCAAAGAAGCUGUUGGUGUCCUUGUGCCAGGAAGUUCCCUUCCAGGUGAAGUGCACGGCUUGUCAGCAGAAGCUACGCACCCACACGGAAGUGACGGCACAUUUCAGGACGCGGUGCAGGAAGGCCGGCCCCAUUGCUAUGGCAGCCAAGAGCAUCAGCCAGGUGGCGGCCAUCUUUAAAGUGUGCGGCCGUUGCCUGGACUGCGGACGGCUGUUUGUGUCCGAGGAGCAGGUGAGGCAGCACUCGGAGGCCACCAGCCACAGCGUCCAGUGGAUCCAGUCCAUGGAGCGGGCCAUCCUGGAGUUCUGCCGCUUCAACGAGAACAGCAAGACCCCCUCCGACCUGCGCAUGCUCCUCGACCAGUCCAAGGGGAAGAAGCAAAGCCCCUUUAAGCGGCCCCUCGUGGCUCUGCGCUCCGGCUCCAGCUCCGAGCCCACGGUCAGCAAGAGGAUUCGGCUGGAAUUGAACGGCGAGGUGCGGCGGGUGAAGGAGGAGAGGAGGGAGAGCGAGGGGUUAUUGGGGAGCCAGACGUGGCGCUGCGAGUGCCAGCAGAGCUUCGAGUCGGAGAAAACGGCGGAGACCCACGUGAUGGUGGCCAACGACGUGCGGUACAGGUGCCAGGUGUGCGGGAAGCGGGCGCUGGAGGCCGGCAUCAUCGGGCUGCACAUGAGCCGCAUCCACGGCGGGGCCCACCUGUCCAGCUUCCACUUCUGGUGCAGCGGCUGCCAGGCCGAGCUGCCGAGCAGAGAGGAUCUGAUGGCCCACAUCGGCGAGCGUCACAGCGGCCACACUUACUACUACAUCCAGGGGCCGGGCGAGGAGGAGGAGGAAGGCGAGCGGGGCGAGAGCCCCAUGGAUUUCGAGCCCUCUGGACCGUCCCAGCCUGCGCCAGGAGUCAAGCCGGAGGUCGAAGGGGUCCGGCUGGAGCCCGGCCCCCCCGUGACUGGCCCCCCCAGCCCCACGCCCGACCUGCACAGCCCCUCGGAGGGCGCCUGGCAGUGCGCGCUGUGCGGGGAGAUGUUCGAGUCGGAGGAGAGCGUGGCCAGGCACUGCGGGGCGGUGGGCAGCCACCAGUUCCACAGGUACAGCUGCGGGUUGUGUGGGCAGCGCUUCCACCUGGCGGAGAUGGCCUGCCAUCACUGCAUGGAGCAGCACGCAGGGCAGGUCAGGGUCAAGUACUUCUGCGGCUUGUGCGACGACGUGGUGUGCGACUGCGAGCAGGAGUUCCUGAGGCACUACCACACCUUCCACAGCACCGAGUACCUGUUCUUGCGGCACAGGGACGCGGCGGAAGGCAAGGACCCCGAGCAGGGGGGCCACCGGCUGUCCUGUGGCUGCCGGGCCAACUACAGCUCCAAGAAGCUGAAGAAGGAGGACGAGAGCAGGUGCGCCAAGACCCUGUUCGAGACGGGGAGGCUCUGGUACCGCUGCGGCUCCUGUCCCAGUACGGCUCAGUCGCUGGGGGGCAUGAGGGCCCACCUUCUGGACAGACACGAUGCCUCGCUCGUCGACAAAGGGGCCUUCGUCAUCAAGUGUGCCAGCUGCCACAAGAGCUUCAUCAACCAGGAGGCGGCACAGAUGCACUACCACAGCAAGCACGCCGCCCCGCGGAAACCCCCCCGGCUCGACCAGGAGACCCCGGGAGACGGAGCCGAGGCUUCCACCAGCCGCAAGGGGUUAAAAGCCACCGAAGAGAAGGAAGGUGUAACGGCCAUGGAGGAAGAGCUGUGUCUGCCAGACCUGGACUACCUCCGCACCAUGACACAUCUCGUCUUCAUUGAUUUGGACAACUGGGCCGGCUUCUUCAAACAUUUACCGGGGCAUCUUAACCAAGGAACCUUCUUCUGGGGCUUUAAAGGUGGGAAGACCGUCUGGAAACAGCCAGAAAACUGCCCAAUCUACAAUUACUUGGUCAACACUGGCUCCUUCUUCCUGCAUCCACCGUGCAGCGACCGGAAGGACGCUGCGGACUUUGCCAUCUGCAUGCAUGCUGGCCGUAUGGAUGAGCAGCUGCCAAAGCACAUCCCCUUCACCGUCCUCUCUGGAGACAAGGGCUUUGAGGAGCUAAAGAACCAACUGAAGAAAACGAUGAGGCCUGGUCACGUGCUUAACCCUCACCACAUGGAAGGAGAGAUGAUGUGUGCCUUACUGAAUAGUAUAUCAGAUAUUGGAAAAGGUAGUGAUGAUGAGGAUGAUGCCCUUCAAGAGGCCCUGGCUGUCAGUUUGGAGGAGAGCCUGAAAAAGCAGGUCACCGUUGAUGAAGAUACGGAGCUCGAAGAAGCCAUUCUGCGAAGUCUGGAGGAAAAAUAAAUGAGGAGAAGCCAUUGAAGGUUGGGGGAAGGGGAGGGGAAUAUUAACUCGCUGCUCACGGGCUCGCUUGUGCAAACUUGUCGGGUCCUGAAGGCUGUUCCGUGAUCGUUAACCAAAGAAAAUGUAAUCCUUUAUCUGGCAUUUUGUUGUGGUGGAGUGGGGGGAAAGAACGAAAAAGGGAAGCGAAGAAUUAGAGGGGGCUAAAAAAAAGAAAAGCAGAUGUUUAAAGUAGAACGAGCUCCCUGUCAACGCCAGUCAGGUCUUGGCCAUUGGCAGGUGUGGAAGAAAGACCUUUCAUUGACGACAGAAACGAAGCUUCCGUUAAAUGGACGUUGAGGAUUAAGAGUGAGAUAGAUGCCUUUGGAACUUGAAAGAAUGCAACACUAACUUGCCCUGCACAGAUCUGCGGUGCCUGUGAGCAGUGCAGUUGAGACAGAGAGAGAAAAUCCAGCUUGCAUCACCGCAUUGACGUACUGUAUUAUGCAGUGCUUUACAUUGAUUGGAGCCAUUUGAAAAAAAGGUAUUAACACUGGUUACUCCUGUUACUGCUAACCCUGGCGCUUGGAUUAGAAGAUAGAACAAAGAAUACAUUUAUUUUUCUUUGCAUUUCUUGAUUUCAUCUAUUAUUGGGUUGAAACCCACAGGAUGGGAUGAAGACACAAUUUUUGAUUUAUAAACCUGCUGCAGUAGAUAUCCUCUCAGAUAUUGCUUUUAUUUUCUGCCCUUUUCUGUUGUCUUCAUUUUUUUUUGUUUAUCACUGGAGCUCUAAAGAUGAAUGUUGGUUUGUGAGCUUUACCGUGAGAAUGGGAGGAGCGACCGGGUUUCUUGUAUUGUUUGAGUUCCUGCUGUACCUGAUAUUUUGGGAGUUUUUUUAUGAACGAAAAUAAAAGUUCCUUUCACGUGC